AUGGCUACUAUAUCGAUGAGGUCCAUCCUCGUCAUAUUUUUGGCUGCCGUUGGUUGCCAAUCAGACAACCCCGGUGUUUCUUCUCCUUGGGCGAAACUGCAAAUCUCACCCGAUACGUUAAGUUCCAUGGUGUACGGCAGCUUUCUCAUUGAGAUUUACGAACACGCCAAUAAUCCCAAAGCAACAACGAGUACCAGCGAGAAAAGGUAUUUUUAUUCCCCCAUUGCACUACUAGACUACAAAAGUGCCGCUAGUUUUUACAACAACGUUACGAAGCAACCAGAGAUGAGAUUCAGCAUUGAAAUGUGGAACGACAAAGUCCAAAAUGAAGUUGUCAAACAUUUGAACGACAUCGUCGGCCAUGAAGUUAAAUCAAACAAAGUGGCAGUUAUUCCCUUUGAGAAGGUCAUUCUCACGAGCAAAAGACCCACAGCGGAUUAUUCGCUAGAUCCAGAGUGGACCAAUUAUGACAAGAGCAAAACCUUGAGACUUUCUCUGUCGUGUUCUGAGCAGAAAAUCUGCGACGAACUGGCCAGUGAAAUGCGAUCCGACCCCGAACAAUUUGACCAUUUCAAACUUCUGUACAGUUUGUCAUCGCAGAAGUCGCAAACCAAACAGACGACCAUCACCAUCGACAGCAUUACUUCUGGUCGAAUGGUCUUGACUCUUUUACAGAAAUUUAAAAACAAGAAAGAAAUUUUUCUGACGGUCAGCGACGAGAAGAAAAUGUUGACGGAAACGGCCACCAACAUCCGAAUGGACACAUUUGACGACUACGAGGUCUUGUCUCCGGACACGGAGUUUCAAAUUUUGAAUAUUUUAAAAGAUUUGCUGGUCACAUCCAGGACGACCAUCAAAGAAGAAUGCGACAAGAAGUGGGUCUCUGUUUUCUGGCAUGAAGAUAAUUACCGGCCGGACAAGACGACGAAAACUUUGAACGAAAUCAUCAAUAAAUUGGACACGGAAACUCAAAAGAAAUUGGCGGAUAUGUUUCAAAAAGCGGAGAAGCAGUCGGAAAUAAUAAAAUUAUUAACGUCUAAUGAUGAAGACGAGGAGACAAAUCAAAAUGAGGAAGAAUUUCGCCCUGUAAGUCAAUCGGAAAAUGCGAACGAAAAUGAAAUGAGAAGAUCACAAACAACGCAAUCCAACUGCAAGAAAACUAACGCAAGCAAAGAAAAAAUCCAACACAAUUACAACUCGAAUAGCUGGGCUGACCUGGACAGAAUCAGUUCAAUCAUUUCAGGGAAAAUGUCAAAUGAUUCCGCUAGUUCCAGCCAGUUCAAAAUUUUGAAGGAUGACGUGGAAAAGUUAUUGCAAGAAAGUAGAAACCACGUGGAAUGGGACGGAGAGAAAUUCGUGCCCAAACCGAUACAACUGAGCAGAAUCAAUUUGGCCAAAUUUCGUGAUUCUCAAUCCUUUCAAGAUCGCAACUUCCGUGUCCGUUACACGACCGCGGAACUGUCGGCACUGAUUAAAGUUAUGGAACGUGGAAGAUUGACUGUUACCGACGACUGGAACAAUCUGAAGGACGAGCUCAAAGAUACAAAAGAACUCUUAAGGACAACUGUAAUGAACUUGGAUAAAAAGACUACUGAAUUAGCUAACACGAGAAUCGAUUUGACCGAUUUGACAAACAAAUUGGAAGGGACUCAGCAGGACUUGGUGAAAAUUAAAAUCGAAUUCGAGAAAAAGGGGACUAAUUUAAGAAAAACUGUCGACGAUUUAUCAGUAGUACUAAACGCGAAUUCGCAACGAUUUGGUUACGAACUAAAAACUGCCGAAGACAAUCUGAGAAAAUUACUUGGAGCAUCAUCAAAUGAUUUGGAAACUGCAAAAACAAAUUUGGCAUCAACGAGAACCGAGUUGAGCAACACCAAGUCCGCCGUUGCGGAUUUGACGACCAAACUAAAUGGUAAAACCAAAACUAUGAAUUCCCGAACGAGUGAAAUAGUUGACAUUGGUAAAAUGCCAACCUCAUGUUAUGAUCUGGAGAGAAUGGGACAUAAACUGAGCGGAUUCUUUUUGGUAAAAGGAUUGAAGAAGAUGGAAAUGAUUUACUGCGACUUUUAUCCUAAUCAAAAUGACAAACAGAAAUGGAUUGGAUACGCCGACAUCAAAUCUGCGCCUGUCCAUUUCUACGUCCAGAGAAAUUCUUCAUUUAGUCACACAUAUGAAACACAAUCAAAUCCGAUUCCGUUCGAUUUGGCGCGGGUGAAUGAGGGAAACGCCAUGAAUUUGUCAUCGGGGAUAUUCACGGCGCCGCGACCGGGAAUUUAUUUUUUCUCAUUCGCGGGAGUGGCGCGUCUUAAAGCGAAAUUUGCAUGUGCUUUUUCUACUCGUCUUUAUUUGAACGGGAAUCAAAUCGGGAUUAGUUAUACUGAUCAGGGUGACCAGACAGGACCGAGUAAUAACGAACCCGUCAAUCAAGUUAGUCCGAUUACCCUUCAGUCGACGCUGGAUUUGAAAAAAGGCGAUCGAGUCUGGGUGACUUAUGAUGUCAUGUAUCUUACGACUAGGGGUUCCUGUUAUUUGUAUGACAACAGAUACCACUUGACCCAUUUCACGGGUUUCGUGUUAGAAGAAGAAAUUGUGGCGACCCUUUGAG